GCUACGUGGCACGAUACCAACGAAUUUUCCUUAACGAGAAACGAUUUCACCUCUACAGUUUAAACAUGAAAAAUGCAACACUCCACUUUAGUGUUAAAAUCUCACCCAGAUCGCUGUCAAUGUUCCUGAUCAAGACAUGGAGGGCGACGGCCUUUGGAGUGUACGGUUACCUGAAUUUCACCAGAAAUGGUUUCUUGGAACAUGCCAAAAACUUCAAACAAGAAGAUAUGGAAAAACAUAUAGAAGGGAAAAACUGCAUAGUUACAGGAGCGAAUUCUGGAAUUGGUUAUGCGACUGCUGAGGGUCUUGCUUCGCGUGGAGCAACUGUCUAUAUGGUAUGCCGUAGCAAGGAGAGAGGAGAAAUUGCUCUUUCUUCAAUUCAGUCUAAGACUGGAAAUCCAAAUAUUCAUCUGGAGGUGUGUGAUCUUUCAUCUGUCAAUGACAUCAAGUCUUUCACAUCAAGGUUUUCUUCAAAUAAUAUUCCAGUUCAUGUUCUGGUUAAUAAUGCUGGCUUACUGGAGCAAAACAGAGUUAUCACAACGGAAGGUUUUGAGACAAAUUUUGCUGUAAAUGUAUUGGGAACAUAUGCCAUGACAGAAUUAUUGUUGCCUUUGCUGGAGAAAGCUGCACCUGAUGCUCGAGUGAUCACUGUUUCCUCUGGUGGAAUGUAUUCAGUUCCCUUGAUAACUGAUCUACAGUUCAACAAUGGAAAAUUCAAUGGGGCGGAACAAUAUGCUCGAAACAAGCGGGUCCAGGUUGCACUAACAGAAAAGUGGUCUGAAAUUUACAAGGAGAAAGGGAUCAGUUUCUAUUCAAUGCAUCCCGGUUGGGCUGAGACGCCUGGUGUAGCUAAGAGUUUGCCCAGUUUUAGUGAAAGGUUUGCAGGCAAGCUUAGAACAAGUGAGGAAGGUGCAGACACUGUUGUCUGGUUGGCUUUACAACCAAAAGAAAAACUGGCAUCUGGUGCAUUUUAUUUUGACAGAGCUGAAGCACCUAAACACCUGAAGUUUUCAGCUACCAAGGGCUCUCAUGCUGCAAUUGACUCCAUUGUUGUGAAUCUUCGGUCAAUGGCCAACCUCCUGCCAUUAAAUUAGAACUAUCUUUCGUCUAAACUUAUAUAUUUCCAUAGUAAUUUAAGUUCUAUUUUUAGUUUCACCAUGUUACAAAUUAUAACUCUUCAUAGAUAUGUAUGUAUAUUUUAUGUUGCCAAUUUCACAUUAAACAUAUAUACAGAUACUAUUGAACUUCUCUCA